AAGGUGGUGCCGGAUGUGACGUCGGCUCCACUGUGUACACCAGCUGAUCGGAGCUAAACUCUCCGUAAUUGUCGUCGUUUUGUAACGUUGACAACAAAUGGGAUCGCGACAGUCCGGCCCAACCCGCUGCUGACAUUCAGCGUCAAACUGCAGCAGCGCCGCCGACACCUGAGCUGACGACACAUCUUUGUUUUGGUUGAUACAUCACCAGGGCCUACCUGCAAUGCUAAGCUAAUUAGUUAGCAGAAUUCAUGAAUAUAAACCGCUGGUUUAAGCAGUAAACGGCCAGGGAAUACCUUCCCGGGCAUACGUCAUUCAACCAUGAAGGUCUGACGACUUUACAUAUAUCUUAUGUGAGCUAAUAUCUGUUGUGAAUGGGUAGAAAGUGAUUGUAAACUUGUAGCCUGUGCAGUUGUCACGGACUGCCACUGACCGAAAUUGUCUUGUGCCAGCAGCGCUCUCGUCCGGCUACAAGAUGUGGUUGAAACUGUUUUUCUUGCUCUUGUAUUUCAUAAUGUUGUUUGCGCUAGCGAGGAUUUUUGAGGCGGUAGUUUGGUACGAGACUGGCAUGUUCGCUACACAGCUUGUGGAUCCGGUCACUCUCAGUUACAAGAAGUUGAAGACCAUCCUGGAGUGUCGGGGGCUGGGAUACUCUGGACUGGCCGAGAAGAAGGAUGUGAGCGAGCUCGUUGAGAAAUCAGGAGAAUUGACACAGGGGGAACUCUACUCAGCCAUCAAGAAAGAGAAGGAGCAGACAGAGGCAGGAGAUGCCAGCACCACACACUUCAGUGGCGAGAUGCAUUUCUAUGAAUUGGUCGAGGACACUAAAGAUGGGAUCUGGCUGGUUCAGGUCAUUGCUCAGGACCGGGAGGCUCUGCUCAGUCAGUCAAACUGGGGGAAGAUGGUGCAGAAAGUGUCCCAGUUUGGGAUCAGAACUGGAACCUUCAAUUGUUCUGAUGACUACAGGUCAUGUAUCAAGCGGGGCUGGCUGCGUUCCACUCUCAUCAUGUCCGUUCCUCAGACUUCAGCGUCAAAGGGCAAAGUCAUGCUAAAAGAGUACAACGGCCGUCGCAUAGAAACUGAGCAAAUCUUCCGCUGGAUGACCUCGCAUGUAGCUCAUCGAAUCAAAACACUGAGUCAGUCUGAGCAGCUGGUGGAGGAGUGGCGCCCUGACCCAGCCCACCCGGUGAAGAUGUUUCUGUUCGCCCGUCUGGCCCAGCCGCCCGCCUUCUUCUCCUCGCUGUCCAUCAAGUUCACCGGCCGAAUUGAGUUCAUCUACGUGGACAUUCGCAACUGGGACAACCACAGCAGCCUAUCAGAGAUUGGUGUGACACAGAGCCCCGCCUACAUCCUCAAGAUGCCGGAGGGCAUUUACCGCUACGGCAACAGUACCGGGGAGUUCCUGUCCUUGGCUGCCAUGGAUACGUUCCUGCGUUCGGUCCAGCCAGAGGUUAAUGAUCUGUUUGUCCUCAGUUUGGUCCUGAUCAACCUGCUGGCCUGGAUGGAUCUCUUCAUCACACAGGGGGCGACAGUGAAGCGGUUUGUAGUCCUGAUCAGAACACUUGGAACCUACAACUCCAUAUUGUUGGUGUCCUGGCUCCCUGUGCUGGCUCUCCUCCAGCUGCCCUACUUGGACAAUCUGCAUGGCUACAGUUUGAAGCUGCUCCGUUAUGCUGACACCACCACACUGGCCAGCCUGGUUAGAGCUGACUGGACCUUCUACUCAUCCCACCCAGCUCUCUUCUUGUCCACCUAUCUGGCCCAUGGCCUGCUGGUUGACUACUUUGAGAAGAGACGCCGCUGUGGCAUCCGAAGCCAAGAGGACAGCACUACCAACCUGGAGUGGCUGGCUAGCCUGUGGGACUGGUACACUUCCUAUCUGCUCCACCCAAUUACAUCACUGCAACAGGUCCCGUCUGACCACUCAGACUGGGAGGAUGAUCCCAACUUCUUAUUUGAGCGUUUGGCUUUUCCUGACCUCUGGCUUCGCCCAUUAGUAAACAUGGAUUACAUUAAAGCCCUGCCAACCUGGAGGUUCAGAGCUGAUGGUCAGCACAGGAGAGAGGAUUCUGACGGAAAGCCGGACGAAGAGACAGAUAGUUCACACUCAGACGCAGAGAGCAGCGAGCAGACAGAUUCCCCUGCUGCAGAUCCCGGCAGACCUCCACACAGCUACAGAAGGCCCAAGAGAUCGUUGUGCUACCAGGACAGCAACACACAGCUCCCUGCAUACAACAACACGGACUCUGCUGCUGCUGCUGCUGCUGAGUCGUCCUUCUGCUGCCAUCACUGGAACGGAAGCUCGUCGUCAUCGGCUGAAACGGAGCAGGAGGACGGCUGUCCGACACCUGAUGGCGUCUCUAACCAUCAGCACUGCGACUGGUCGGUUUGGCCCCGUGACAUGCUGCAGUGCUCAGAGUGCGUGGUGUGUUUGGAGAACUUUGUGAGCGAGGAGCUGCUGAUGGGUCUGCCCUGUGGCCAUGCCUUUCAUCAGCAGUGCAUUGUGGUGUGGUUGGCAGGAGGCAGACACUGCUGUCCAGUGUGUCGCUGGCCCAGCUAUAAAAAGAAACAACAGAGAGUUGCACCGAGCAGCUCUCCUGAAAACACACUGCAUGACUGAUGAGUAUAUCUACCUGGGCCCCUCUUAUCACCAUUUCCCCUCUCAAGACGAGACACAGGGAUGAAGUAGAAAACAUUGUCAGUCGGUGUGAUCCAACCUGAUGUUGCCAUGAGCACUCGAAUAGCUUAUUUCCAUUUCCGUUGAAGGCAACGCGCGGGCCGUCAUGGCAGACAGAUGAACCUAUGAAAGCCCUGUCACCAUGGUUUCUGUACAGAGACGAUGUUGAUUCACACGGUGAUCGUAGGUGUAGUCACAGUAAACUUUGUAGUGCAAUAAAACUUUUUUUAGUCGUGCUUUUAUCAUCAAGUCGUGCUCUUUCCGGGACUGUGGACAACGUAGAGUCAGUUUACCACAUAAAGGACCAUCUGAAGGAGAUUUCUGUCACACGAUGUCAUCACACGCAAGACAAGAAGCUACUUACUAUAUCAAACCAACAGUAUCGGAACACAAUUGUAUACUAACAACAUGUAAACACUCUGCUCCAUCCCAUCCCAUCUGACAGCAAGCGCACUAACCUCCAUGUAAAUGUUUCUAUUGUGAUUAGAACUGUGCUAAGAAAUAAGGGAACAGGAUGAUCAUCUCUGUUGAUCCUUCUCACUGGUGAGUACAGGAGAGAUGUAUUGGUCACAAUUCAAAUUAAUGAAAAGGUUUGAAAUAUAUAUUACCAAACCAACAGCUCCUCAGAAUGUUCAUUUUUGCACAAUUCCGUGUAUUUAUUGAGACAUCCAGAGAGAAUACACAUACUUCUGCCCGGGCACUGGCAUCAACAUGAUGCUGAUAUGUUUACAAUGGUGCAACACUUUAAACCACGCAGAACGUUUCUCACUUCAGAGACACUGAAACAUGAAGGAAAAUGAUGGCAGUGAGGCAACUGGUGCUGACUGUUUGCUGUGCUGCAGUAUUGCUACGUCUUUUUGGAUCAAUAAAAUCCCAACAGCUAUGCGUUGAAAAAAAAGGUUGUGGAAAUCUGUGUUGGUGAGCCUUGGCUCAGUCAAGAUGAGCCACCAGUAAGAUGCACCGUUGUUCUUUCUCUGUCAAGCUUAAGUCUCCACAGAUCCACCCAAAUAAUGAAGCAGGUCAACAGCAAUGUGUUGUCACAAAACAUGAGGCCAUAUGUUGGAGGAGUCAAACGAAAUUUCAUCAGCAAGGCCUCGGGCACACAGAAAUGUUUUUGGCACAAAUCCUGUACUUCUGGGUUUGUACUAUAAUAUGUUUUAAAUAUAAACAUUUACCACCACCACCGGGCAGCAGCCAUGUCGUUCCUCUGCAUGUGACCGUGAUCACAGCCAGGUGCCACGAGGUCUGUACAGCAUCUGAAAAUGUUAAAGCUACACUAAGGAAAACUUUAUAUUUAGCAGUGGGUCAAAUGAUUGUGUCACGUCAGAGGUGCUGCUCGUAGUGACGAAUCCACAGAGAAUUAUCAUGGACUGUGCAGCUGCCCUCAGCUCAGCAGAGCAUUUUAGUCUCUGUGUUUUCAGCUGCACAACAGACAGAUUCAGAAAGAGUCAGAUGCUUCCCCCAGGAACAAAUUAUUAUUAUUAUUAUUAUUAUUAUUAUUAUUAUUAUUAUUAUUAUUAUUAUCAAAUCAAAUUCAUAUUCAUUUGGUGGACACAAACACAAUUCGGAUGAUCAUGUUAUUAUUGUAGGAUUAUAUUGGUUUCUACAGUUUUGACCGCUCCAGCCUCGCUGUACUGUCAGUAAUCCAUGCAAAUUCAUUUGCAUAUGUAUUUCUUUUAAAUGUCUCUCUGUGAGGUAACCGUACACGGACACAGUGCAACAUCAUGGUGGCGGUUUUUGGCUGACCCUCGCCUUUACCAAAAAUGGACAUGUGAGUGAGACAUCCUGAUGUGAAUUUCACAUGAUGGGUUUUAAAUGUACAGGGGCACAAGAGAAUCCCAAGUCUGUCUUUACAUUAGCCCUUUAAUUACCCAACAAAACCUGAGGUUCAGUAAGCGAAGCUCUGUCACUUGUCAGCUGUUGUCAUGUUUCAUCCUCCUCAAGGGCCCUGAUGCUCAGCAAUACAUAUAGAUAGAGAGAAACCCAGUUUACUUUUGACUCAAUCAAUCGUUUAUUUUUUAACAAAAAGCUCCCACAUGGUCGGGAAGCUCUGCUGCUGCUGCUGCUGCUGCUGCUGCUGCUGCUGCUGCUAGCGUCCUGUGGCAAACGCAGAAAACUCCAGCAAGCAAAGGAAGCAUAUCCUCUGUAUUGUAUUGCCUGAUGUUUAGGUUACAGUUUACCCUUGAAACUUACACAUGCCAUUCUAAUGAUUACAUUUUGUUGACAGUUAGCUGCUAGCAGGUUGUUUCUUUUUCCUGCAUUAUUUAAAAGAGAAUCUUGAUUUGAAAUGUCCAGAACUAACUAUAAUUUGAUUAGCUUUUAAGGUGAUAAAAUGUAAUUGUUCAGCAUCUUCCUGUCCUCUUUCUGUGUGUGAAGGGCAAGAAAAGAAAAAAAAAACAUAGAGAGCAGUAACACUUAAUAAAUGAGAUGUUCCAGAACUUUGGUUUUGGGAGUUAUUUUGUUAUAAUUCUGGUUGGUAAGGUUCUGGUAGGUGCACAGAAAAGGUGUAAUAAAUAUUGUGAUUAAUAGUUGUAAGGAGCAUGUCCAGUAUAUCAUGGCAGUCUUGAGCUGCAGUGAUUUCUACAACUCUUUUUUUUUUUCUGUGAUGGAGUGAGCAGAACAUAUACUACUUUCUCAUUAAAAAAAAAAAAAUCAUAAAGUUUGGUUCAAUAAGCAAUUUAUUUUAGGUCUUCUGAAAAUAUGACCAAAUCAGCUGAGUAAUUUAAUAAUGUGAACAAUCAAUUGUGGUGAUUACGGAAAGCUGUCUCAAUGACAUGCCAUUUGUAGCAUGGCUUUCCUAACUUCCUCUGAUUCUGGUUGAGAACAGCUGGAGUCUUUUCUGGGCGCAUUUUAAUAGGGCUUGUUUGAUACAGCCAUUAGACCCAGUCACAAACACUACAAUGGUACACUGGGAAAGUCUAAGGAGCUCAGCACUGAUCUGAAAGAGAACGUUAUUGAUUUGAACCAAUCAAGAAAGUCACUUGGAUCCAUUUCAAAUCAGUUACAGGUCCCAAAAUCAACUGUGCAAAGUAUAAAGUGCAUGGCACAGUUGUGUCACUGCCACCCUCAAGAGAAGAAAAUGCAAACCAUCACCUGCUGUUGAGAGAAAACUGGUUCAGGAUGCUUAAGAGUCAAACAUAAACCACCAAAAAGCAAGUCUGCAAUGAAUAAGAAGCUGCUGGAAGACAGGUGACAGCGUGCACAGUCAAGUGUGUUUUGCAUCAACAUGGACUAAGAGGCUGUCGGGCAAGAAACAAGCCCCUUGCUCCAGAUGCGGCAAUUUAAAGCUCAGAAGUUUGCUGCUGAUCACAUGGACAAAGGAUAAACCUUCUGGAGGAAACAAAGAUUGAGUUGUUUUGCCAUAAUGUGCAGCAGUAUGUUUGGAGGAGAGAGGGUGAGGCCUUUAACCCCAAGAACACCAAACCUACUGUGAAGCAUGGUGGUGGUGCUGUUGUGCUGUGGAAAUGUUUGCUACCAGUGGAUCUGGUGCUCUAAAGAAAGUAAAUGGAAUAAUGAAGAAGGAGGAUUAUCUCUAAGUCUGUGUCAGGAAGCCAACAAAUAUAGUUGAACUUCACAGAUUCUGUCAAGAGGAGUGCUUAAACAUUCAGCCAGAGGACGACCAGAAGCUUGUGGAUGGCUAUAAAAUGAAUCUAAUUGAAGUGAAAAUGACCAAGAGACAUGUAACCAAAUAUUGGAAUUACUGUAUGUAUAUUUGUGAUCCAGCAGAUUAGGUCACAUUUUCAGAAGAGCUGUAUUAUUAUUAUUAUUGCUGUUAAUUAUUUUGGACCAAAGUUAAUGAAUGUUUUUCAUGUGUUCCACUCAUUCCAUCACAUAAAAAUGCGAGCUGUAGAGAUCACUGGAACUGAAGACUAUGCAUCAGAGGCACAGAGGAGCAGGGCCGUAGCUGUCACCAAAGAGCUCACGUCCUCAUUAUUUUUGUGGAUUUUGGAGGUUUUGGCAGCAUUACCAGAAUCAAACAAAGUAACACAUGGUGGAUAUUUCUUAAGCUGAUUCCAGUGUUUUGAGAUUUGUUAAAUUUGAAUA